GGCAGGAAGGCGAGAGCCGGCUGGGCCGGGCGGAGAAGCGAAGCGGGGUACUUCUGCACAUGGCCCCACGACAUGAGCUGCCCGCCAGCGGCUCUCCUUUCCGCCUAGGGCAGCGGAAGGAGCUUCCAACUCCCCCGGCCUUGCUGAAGACUUUUGCAGGAUGCCCAGGGAGUUGUUCCUUGGUGUUUAGCUCACCAUCUUUGCAACAACUGGAUACUCAGCUUUCCAACAUCCAAGAAAUACCCGCACGCCUGCAUCUCCUGGGAUGGUUCUAUUGCAUUGGGACUGCUGAGCUGAAUACAUUUCUUGUUCAUUAGCGGUGGCGUUAAUUAAACGCGCUGCUUCUCCCUCUUCUGGAGCUUGGGGUCGCCUUUAUUUCUCGUUCCCAUUUCCCCCAGACAUCAAAGCAGUGAUGGGUUGUUUCUGUGCUGUCCCGGAGGAAUUUUAUUGUGAGGUUUUGCUUCUGGAUGAAUCAAAGUUGACCCUAACCACCCAACAGCAGGGGAUAAAGAAGUCAACGAAAGGGUCAGUUGUCCUGGGCUACGUAUUCCGUCACUUAAACCUCGUGGAGAUAGAUUACUUUGGACUGCGUUACUGUGACAGAAGUCAUCAGACGUACUGGCUGGAUCCUGCAAAGACCCUUGCAGAACAUAAGGAAUUGAUAAACACUGGGCCACCAUAUACUCUAUAUUUUGGUGUUAAAUUCUAUGCAGAAGAUCCAUGCAAACUUAAGGAAGAAAUAACCAGGUAUCAAUUUUUUUUGCAGGUGAAGCAAGAUGUUUUGCAAGGACGCAUGCCCUGUCCCAUCAACAUUGCAGCUCAGCUGGGAGCAUAUGCAAUUCAGUCUGAGCUGGGAGACUAUGACCCAUAUAAGCACACUGCAGGUUAUGUGUCAGAAUACCGAUUUGUUCCAGACCAGAAGGAAGAACUGGAAGAUGCAAUAGAACGGAUACACAAAACUCUGAUGGGUCAGGUUCCUGCUGAGGCAGAGCUGAAUUACUUAGGAGUGGCCAAAUCACUGGAAAUGUAUGGAGUAGAUCUCCAUCCUGUCUAUGGUGAAAACAAGUCUGAAUAUUUUUUAGGAUUAACACCUGUAGGAGUUGUUGUUUACAAGAAUAAAAAACAAGUAGGGAAGUAUUUCUGGCCUAGAAUUACAAAAGUUCACUUCAAGGAAAUGCAGUUUGAACUUAGAGUGCUGGGAAAAGAUUGCAAUGAAACGUCCUUCUUUUUUGAAGCACGUAACAAAACCACAUGUAAACAUCUUUGGAAAUGCUGUGUAGAGCACCAUACGUUCUUCAGAAUGCCAGAAAAUGAGUCAAACUCUCUGUCAAGAAAAUUCAGCAAGUUUGGAUCCAUAGGUUAUAAACAUCGGUACAGUGGCAGGACAGCUUUGCAGAUGAGCAGAGAACUUUCUGUCCAGCUUCCUCGGCCUGACCAAAAUGUUGAAAGAAGUCAUAGUAAGACUUAUCCAAAAAGAAAUGCACAAACGCAACAGACUGGAUCCAAAAGCAUAAAUCAGGUUACAGCAAAUAUGGAAACUGUGGAAAAAGAAGGAACCACUAAAAUUAUUGCACCUUCCCCAGUAAAAAGCUUUAAAAAGGCAAAAAGUGAAAAUAGUCCAGAAACCCAAAGAAGUAAAAUAAGUGCACCAUGGGAGGAAAAUGGCCCCCAGAGUGGACUGUAUAAUUCUCCCAAUGACCGCAAUAAAUCACCAAAAUUUCCUUACUCUCGACGACGGAACCCAUCAGGUGGCAGUGAAAAUGAAUCUGGGCAACAGGCUAGAAGAAGGAAAGCCCAGAACAGUGGUGAAGAUUCAGAUCUAAAGCAAAGGAGAAGGUCACGAUCUCGUUGUAAUACCAGCAGUGGUAGUGAGUCAGAAAAUUCUAACCGGGAGCAUCGGAAGAAGAGAAACAGGUUACGGCAGGAGAAUGACAUGGUGGAUUCAGCUCCUCAGUGGGAAGCAGUACUGAGGCAACAAAAAGAGAAAAACCAGGCUGAUCCCAACUACAGGCGAUCCAGGCACAGAUCUCGAUCGAGAAGCCCAGAUGUACAAGCAAAGGAAGAGUUAUGGAAACAUAUUCAGAAGGAACUUGUGGAUCCAUCUGGGCUGUCGGAGGAGCAGCUGAAAGAGAUUCCAUACACCAAAAUAGAGACUCAAGGUGACCCAAUCCGCAUUAGACAUUCACAUUCCCCCCGAAGCUACCGGCAGUACCGGCGGUCCCAGUGUUCUGAUGGCGAGAGAUCUGUUCUGUCUGAAGUGAAUGCAAAAACAGACCUUGUGCCUCCAUUGCCUGUGACUCGUUCCUCAGAUGCUCAGGGUCCCAGCAUUCCAGCUUCACAACAGAGGCGAAAUGGGUCCAAAGAUAGCCUGAUAGAAGAAAAAUCUCAGAUAUCCAGCCUGGAUGGAAAACACAGUGCAAAGACAAUAAAAACUGUACAUGCAUCACGCCUCAAGAUAGAGACUUGAUUGCUAUAACGGAGGACGGUGAAUGGAUUCUGUUCCUUUGAAAUUGGGAAUUACACAACAGUUCAGAUACUCUUUAGCUGGAAAAUGUUUCUUUGGCAUAAGAAAAGAAGAAAUAUGUAAACUGGAGUGGUGGUAAUUUCCUUAAAUUUAAAACUCCAACCUGCUUGUUCUGAAGAGCAAUCACUGUUUUCAUCACUGGUUACAGUUGCUUACGUGAUUGCAAAGAAGUUGACUGGUUAGACAGUUGGAAGGGAAAGUCUUACUACAAUUCAGCAAUUGCCAGAUACUGUAUUUUCAAAAGAGGAACAGAGGAACUGUCAUGACAGAUCAGACCUUGGUCUAAUUCAUUCAGAUGCCUGUUUCCAAGAGGCCAAGACGGGAUGCUUCGGAGGAAGCGGUAAAACCCUCACCAUACACUUGGCCAAUUGUGCAAUACUAUAUAAUAGUGAGGAAAUGUCUUCCUGACUCCAUAUGAUGAUCAGCUUAUACUCUGAAGCAUAAUAGCUCUUAUGUUUAUUUUAGCCUAAUGCAACUGCAGACACUGUUCUUGUUCAUACAAAUGUUGAAUCCAUGUUUAGAUAAUUGCCACAAUUGUAUCUUGUGGCAUUGAGUGUCAUGUAAAAAUGGAUUUCCUUUCACCAAUUUUAAAUGCAUUGCCUUUUAAUUUUAAAUAUCCUCUUAUUGUAUUGUGACAGUACUUGAUUAGACUUCUCUGUACUACUAUUUUAUAUCCCCUACCACAUCUCUUAAUUGCAUAAUAAGACUGCCUAGUACACACAGACUCUAAAUGCUGGCUGGACAAAAUUGUACUAUAAACCUUGGAAACACUUCAAAGUGGCUACCUAAGAUGGGGUUGGCUAACAGUUGGUUCUUUGAUGCAGGCUUCAUUAAGCUAGUCUUUUUAAGCUCUCCUCAUAUGAAAUCCCCCAAUAAUUCUAAUAAUUUGUAAUGCCCUUCUCUGGACUGUUUCUUCUGCUCACUCAUUUCUGAGAUAAGAUGACCAAAACUGAAUGCAAUAUGCAAAGUGAAGACAAUAUCACUGAAUUAUCUAGUGGCAUCUUUUACUCUAUAUUCGCUUUGUAAAACAGUGUAACAUCUUACUUGCUUUUUUGACUGCUGUUGCAUGUUAAGCAUAUUAUCUUCAAUGAGCUGUUCACACUGAUGCCUGGAUCUUCUGCUGAGAGGUUAUGUCUAAUUUAGAACCCAUCAUUGCUUCUUUGAAUGUGCUUUACCUUGCACUUGUCAACAUUGAAUUUCAUCUACUAUUGUGCUAACCAGUUUCCUGUGUCAGCUAGGCUGUUAUGGAGUCAAGCAAAAUCCUUCUCAGGCCUAUAAGUAAUUUUGUACUGAGUAUAUAUUUUCUAGCCCACUAACAGUCUGGCAGAGGUUGACUAACCACAUUAUACACUACUUGUUCUACUACUGUUUGCUCAGUCUACUCUUCCAUACCGAUAAGUGGCUAUUUAGCCCUACUUUUCUAUGCUAUUGUUUAAAUCAGUUUUUAAUCUAUAACAGGCCUUUACCUCUUAUCCUGCACGUACCAAGUUUCCUCAAGCACCUCUUGAGAGGGACUUCAUCAGAAGACUUGGGAAAGACUAACUAAUUUGUCAAGAGACAAGGUGGAUGAGGUAAUAUCUUUUACUGGACUAACUUCUGUUGGUGAAAGAGACGAGCUUUCGAGGUACACAGACUCCCAUAGUAUGUCCUCUCUAUUCACCAAGAGGAGAGUGAGUGGUGCAUCAUGGGAACUAUAGUCCAGCCAGAAAGCCUGCCCCAGAGGACAAUGGGAGUACAAGGCACCUAAACUACAAUUCCUGGUGCAAUGCAUUGUGGCAUCAGUUUGAAUUAGAAAUGUUAUAAUCUUUCAGCAAAAUAUUUUGGCCAAAAGUGGAAACUUUCAGGGGCCAGGGGAGAAGGGAGGAAAAGAUCCUCUUUUCUGACCAGAUUUUAAUAUUUGUAGAUUCUUCAUUCUUAGUUCCUUUAGAAUGAUGAAUGCCAUCCAGUUCAGUAUUGUUUGUAUUGUGUCAAUCCUAAUGAGGAUCAGACCCACUCUGUGGUAGGUACUAUACUAUCACGCAAUCCCUACCUCCAUAGAAUUUCAGUCAAAUCUGCUAUUAAUUUUUUCCCCAGUAUUUCUAUUUUUGACAUUGCUUCACCUUCACUACCCGUGUACAGUAAUCUUGGGAUAAAUAUUACCAGUGUCCAGUAUUUUUUUGCAAGUGCAAAAUAACAAAACAAACAAACAAACAAAAAACAGCCUGUAAAAUAAAAAUGGAAAAUCCUGCAGCGGUGGUAACUGUCCUGUGGGACUGAACCCAGCCCUCUCACACCAGGCGUUGUGACCUGCGGUUUGACUCACUGCUGUUUGGCUCAGUGGCUGCCCUCUCCCCUGCACCAUCAGAGGGGCAGCCAGGCCAAACCUAAGCAGUGAUGUGACCCUAAGUGCCAGGGCACAAUGCCCAGAGCAGAGAGUUGGGCCCACCCCAGCAGGAAAGGAGCCGCUAGCUGCAUGCAGGGCAGGCUCACUCUGCAAUCCCCACCCCCCGUUUCCAGGCCUCCCACAGUAAAAUGAAAUUCCCCCCAAACCCUGCAAAGUUAUAAAAUAAUAUCAUCCCAGGGCUCUAGAUAUUCUCUCUUCCCUUGUGGUGAAGACUAAUAUAAAAGCACUAUUUAGUUUCCCUGCAGUUUCCUUAUGCUUUUUGAACCUCAUUUAGAUUGGCACUCACACAGAAUUGGGCUAAAACAUUUUUAAACGUGGCUCAGCUUUGUUUACGGUGCGUGGUCAAACUGUUUUUAAAGGCUGUUUAACAAGAUUUCUCACUGUUGCAAUCUGCUUCUUUGGCAAUACAGACAGAGACAGUCAUUGUUCUCUUUUACACUCUGAUGGCCUACAGGACCCAAUACCACUGUCAGCAUACUACUAUUCUGAUGAAUCUAAAGAAGUACAUUACCAAAAAAAAAACCCUUACUGAAGUUUUGUGUCAUAGUACCACCUCUUGGAAUGCUCCUAAGGAUAUCAAAAUUAUGACUAACCAUACUUAAUCCUGAGUAACACACAGGAAUUGAUUCAGGAAUGUACUGUAAAUCAAGAUAAACCUCGCCUCUUGUUUGUUCUAGAAUAAGCUGUUCCGAGGAGCAAUUCUCCACGAUGUGUUUACAGUGAUGUUUAUUCAUUGCCCAUUAUUACUGGUAUUUUGUUACUUCCCUGACGUUUCUCAGCAUUCUGACUUCUUUACUGAGAUAUAAUCUGGUAAAACAUCCCUAUUACUAUACAGUACUUGUACUUUUAUGACCUGAAUUUUGUAUAUGCACAGAUAUCACAUCCUGGCACUCUUCAGUCUAUGGCAUUCUGUAUGUACAAAGCUAUUCCUACACAUUUGACCUAAUUUCUCUUUCCUGUCUAGUGUAGUUUAUGUGUUUUGUAGUUUCUAAGCACUCACAGCAAGAAAUCGUGGUAUUUCAUUUAUUCCACGAUGUGUCAGAAAUGCUAGGCUUUCUGUCUUCACCAUUUUUUCAUUUAUGCUUCUUGGUAGCUGUAUUCUCAUUUGUAAGGUGUGCAUAUUAUUAUGUACCUCAUCUUUGACUGAAAAUUGUUUCAACUGUACUUCUAAUGUACUUAGCAGGUUUUACUGUGUACCUUGUUUACUUCUCAUUAGCUGCCAUCUUAGUCAUAGCUUAUUUUAAAUAAUCCUUUAAAAUCUAGCUAACUUUAUGUGCUGGCAGUCUUUUCCCCUUUGGAUAAAGAGGAAACCAUCCAUUCCUCAAGGACUAAUAUACUUAACCUCCUAUUCUCAAACCUCUUUUCUCAUUCACACAUUGAAAAACUAAUUCCACAUUGAAACAGCUUAGUUAAUAGAAUAAGAGAGAAAGCUAAGGUAAAGGUCCUGGAUUUAAACUACUGAUCUUAUUUCCAAUUAGAAGGUUCAGUUCUUAAUGACAAAUACUACUUUUUCCUAGAGUUAGCAUGAUUAGACACGGUGCAAUUUUGUCUACAUAUUGGGGAAAAAAUAAGAAUUAUAUACAAAUGAUGGUUACACUGAAAAUAAUUCAUUUAUUCAAAUAUAUAAACUGAAAAAUCAAACACUUGUUCUGACUGCCAGAAGCAAGCAGAGACCAUAGUAGUAGCACUGUAUCCUCUUAUUAUAUAACAUAAGGUAAAAAUUCUCCAUACUAAUGAGUAACUGUGGUCACUUGGAUUUAAGUUGCUUUACAUCAGAUAGUUUGAAGAAAAUGCCAAUUUAGUUAUAUAACAUCGUUUAACAAACAGGACCUUUCAAAGGUGCGAAUCACCAGAACCACUUACUUUGUUGCUGCUGUAUAUUUAAGCUUGGCAGAAUUUGAUUUUAUUUUUUUAUAACUUUAACAGAUAAUAUUAUUUUAUGCAUUUUCCCUAUUUGUAUUUUAAAUUUUCACAGUUAUGGAAAAUUAUGGGGAUGGUGAGAAUAUUUAAUGACAGCAGACAUUGAGAUUCAAAAAGUUAGUUAUUUUAUAAACCAAUAAAACAAAUUGUCAGUUUCACAUGUCAAAAUAUACAAAGUAAAUACCCUAAAAUCAAACUCUA